CCUGGGCCUUGCGGUCCGCCUGGGGGCCUCCGAGAGUCCUGGGUCAGCCCCGCCCCGCCCCGCCCGCCCCAGAGCCCAGCCACUGCCCGCCGGCCCUUCCGCCUCACUCAGAGGCGCCACGGAGCAGGACGGGUGCGGGCCAUGGAGCGGUCGGCGGGCAAGGAACUAGCCCUGGCGCCGUUGCAGGACUGGGGUGAGGAGACCGAGGACGGCGCGGUGUACAGUGUCUCCCUGCGCAGGCAGCGCAGUCAGCGCUGGAGCCCAGGGGAGGGCCCUGGGGGCAGCCAGACCCCCAACCCGGCUGCCGAUACCUUCCUCCACUACCGCACCAGCAAGGUGCGGGCGCUCAGGGCUGCACGGCUGGAGCGGCUGGUGAGAGAGCUGGUGUCCGGAGACCGCGAGCAAGACCCGGGCUUUGUGCCUGCUUUCCUGGCCACCCACAGGGCCUUCGUGCCCACUGCCCGAGUGUUGAGCUAUCUGUUGCCGCCGCCGCCACCCCUACCGCCACCUCCCAGGGUAGAGAGCAAGACGACCGAAGGACAAGAUCUGAACUUCAAUAAGAACCUGAGGGCUGUGGUGUCUGUGCUGGGCUCCUGGCUACGGGACCACCCUCAGGAUUUCUGUGACCCUCCUGCCCAUCCAGACCUGGGCAGUGUCCGAAUUUUUCUGGGCUGGGCAGCCCCAGGGGGUGCUGAGGCCCAGGAAGCAGAGAAGCUUCUGGAGGAUUUCUUGAAGGAGCCUGAGGGAGAACAAGAAGAAGAGGAGCUACUGGUGGCUUGGGCAGGACCUCCCAGGGCUGCGCAGUCCCCCAGACCUGACUCCCCUGAGGGCUGCGUGGAAGAGGAUGAAGGACCCAGGCGGGAAGGUCCCGAGCUCCUGGACUUCUGUGUGGACGCGGUGGCAGAGCAGCUGACCCUCAUGGACGUGGAGCUCUUUUCACGCGUGCGUCCCUGCGAGUGCCUGGGCUCGGUGUGGUCGCAGCGGGACCGGCCAGGGGCCUCGGGCGUUGCCCCCACCGUGCGUGCCACUGUGGCUCAGUUCAAUUCAGUGACCGGCUGUGUGUUGGGCUCUGUCCUCGGGGCGCCGGGACUGACCGCCCCUCAGAGGGCUCAGCGGAUCGAGAAGUGGAUCCGCAUCGCCCAGUGCUGCCGAGAACUGCGGAACUUCUCCUCCUUGCGAGCCAUCCUGUCCGCCCUGCAGUCUAACCCCAUCUAUAGGCUCAAGCGCAGCUGGGGAGCCGUGAGCCGGGAACCGUUAUCCACUUUCAGGAAACUUUCACAGAUUUUCUCCGAUGAAAACAACCACCUCAGUAGCAGAGAGAUUCUUUCCCAGGAGGAGGCUACUGAGGGACCCCAAGACGAGGACAACCCUCCAGGAAGCCUGCCUUCAAAACGGUCCCCAGGUCCUGUUCCCUACCUUGGCACCUUCCUCACGGAUCUGGUUAUGCUGGACACAGCCCUGCCGGACAUGUUGGAGGGGGAUCUCAUCAACUUUGAGAAGAGGAGGAAGGAGUGGGAGAUCCUGGCCCACAUCCAGCAGCUACAGAGGCGCUGUCGGAGCUACAACCUGAGCUCCCACCCACACAUCCUGGCUGCCCUGCGUGCCCAGCGCCAGCUUAGCGAGGAGCAGAGCUACCGAGUCUCCCGGGUCAUCGAGCCACCAGCCGCCUCCUGUCCCAGUUCCCCGCGCAUCCGGCGUCACAUCAGCCUUACCAAACGUCUUAGUGCGAAGCUGUCCCGAGAGAAAACCUCGUCCCCUGGUAGUAGUCCAGGAGACUGUUCAUCGCCCACCUCCAGUCUGUCUCCAGGGUCCCCCCCAUCCAGUCCUAGAACUAAGGACCCUCCUUUUGGAAGUCCCCCAGCUUCUCCAGGGCCCCAGGGCCCCAGCACCAAGCUGCCCCUGGGCCCAGACCUGCCCCCGAGCAGCCCUCGCGUCCCCCUCCCGGGGCCCCAGACCUCGGAGGCCCGGGUGAUUCGUGUCAGCAUCGACAACGACCAUGGGAACCUCUAUCGGAGCAUCUUGCUCACCAGUCAGGACAAAACCCCCAGCGUCGUGCAGCGAGCCCUGCUGAAGCACAGUGUGUCCCAGCCCUGGGCCCGAGGCUACCAGCUCUUCCAAGUCCUGCCUGGGGACAGGGAGCUCCUGAUUCCUGACAAUGCCAACGUCUUCUAUGCGAUGAGUCCAGCUGCCCCUGGGGACUUCGUGCUACGGCAGAAGGAGGGGACCCAGCACACACCCUCUGUCUCCAUGAACUGAGGUGGCCCUCUCCUCUCUCCAGGUCACAGGCCCCAUGGGCGUCUUGGGACUUGGGUUCUGCCACCAUGGGGGUGGGGGGCCCCUUUCCUGGAAAGCCUCCUUCUGUGAUAAGCCCUCUCCAGCUUUAGCCCAUCAGACCCCUCCCACUGACCUUCCGGGUCCUGGAUCCUUAUUCCCAUGACAUUAGCAUGCAGGGUGUCUGCAAUGACAACAAAGCGCAGAGAAGCCUGAGAGCCCUAGCAACGGCAGUGAGUGAAUCAUGGAUGCCAGAGUGGACCCUGUCCCACCCAGAUCCUCCCUGACUUUUGGGGGCGUAAUGUGCCUCUCUCCUGCCAUGUACAGAGGAGAGUGAAGAUUCAAAGUCCCAACAGAAACAGAAACAAACAAAUUAACUUUAUCACUUAGGAGUCUGUAAGGGCCCUGAAGAUGGAAAGAGCAAUGUGAGCAUGGGGUAGAAAGAAGGGAGCAGUAGAGAAGGCAGAGGAAGAGCUGCAUGGCUCCUGCAGAGUAGUAACUGUGAUUAACAGUGAUAUUAGCAUGCCCACCGAGGGCUUCCAGUCCCAACUGGCAUCCAGUAUCUUUUAUCUCACUAUGUUAAUCAGAGUUCUUUCUGCUUUAAGUGGUUAAAAUCCUUUUCUAACAGGCAUGUACCAAAAGGAAAAUUGAUAGCUCACAUAAUUGAGAAGUCCAUUGGGUAUGGCUUCAGGCACAGUUGGAUCCAGGGACUCAAAAGAUACCAGAAUUUAUUGCUGUUUCUUGGCUCUGAUUCUCUCUGAGAAUGAGACUAUCUGUUAUCCCCCCAAAUCCAAUUACCCUUUUCUGUGGUAAUAGAGCCACUGAUUUUUAGCUAGCCAUUCAAGUGAAAGCUGCAUUUCCUAACUUCCUGCAGCAAGGUGUGGCCAUGUAAGAUAUAAAAGGAAAGGAUGUUCCCCUCAAAGGGAGGUGGGGUACGCCUCCAACUCCCUCCUUUUUCUGCUGGUUGGAAUGAAGAUGUGAAGUGGAUCAUCUUGGAUCGGGCUCCACAUCUUCUGAAUAACUGAGCAACAAGGUGGAAGGAGCCUGGACCUCUGUAACCAAGGAGCUGCCAUUUUAGAAAGCUGCUACCAGAGUGUCAUGUAGGAGAGAAAUAAAUCCCUCUCUUACUGAAGGCUUUGUUCCUUGGUGCCCUGUGACAGUAACCAAAGAACGUUGUGAUCAACAUAGCCCUACGCCGAGGCAGGCUCACCUCAAAGGAGCAGAGCCAGCUCCACAUCCCACCGGUGCUGCCCAUCUGGUUCUUAAAUCGGUCCUGUUCCCCCAGUGUUGGAGAUUGAACACUCAAGAAACGCCGAGCAGAGAGAGAGAGGGAGCGAGAGGGGGAGAGAUCUGUCGGUAGAGGAGGGGAUCCAAGGCUGGUGCCUGGGGGAGCAGGGGUGUCCUGCCGUUUCGUAGAUUUCAGAUUUCUUUCUUAUCUUGUCCAUGUGACCAAAAAGUGGAAUAACCAAGAGCAGGAAAGGAACUGUCCAGGGUACAGGUAGGAAGGGAGUCAGUCGUCCAGGAGGGGCUCGUUAACAACUCCCUUCCGGGAGGAACAACUUCCUGGAGGCAGGUAACCCUGGCAACAGGUCGGAGGAGGGGGAGUGCUCUGGAGUAUCAGCAGUUUAUUUCCUUUUGAAUCAGUCCCCACCUUCUGACCCAUCAUCAUCACCUGACUGACUGUCCUUUGGCCUGGCCUCACUACCCUCCCAAGUGGACAGAUCUCCUCCUUCCCACUGUGACCACAGCAAAAAUCCCAGAGCAGGUUCAUAUUGGACCAUCCUGGGUCACGUGUCUAUCCAUGAAACAAAUGCCGUUCAGAGGAAUGGCAUAUGCUGAUUGGCCAGGUAGGGGUCCUCUGCCCACCCCUUGAGCUGGCACAAAAAGCUCAAGUCAAAGGGGUGGUGUCUGGGCAGGCACAGGCAGGGAGAUUAAAUUUGGGUGCUGUACUAGGAGGAGGAGGAGGAGAAAUUCUGGCGAAUGGCAAAAAAACAGUUCCUCUGGUUCUUUCUUGUUUUGAGUGCUGGGGAUUGAACCUGGGGCCUCUCACAUGCUAGAAGAGUGCUCUCCCACUGAGCUGCACCCCAGCCACAGUCCCUGUGGGUCUAACAUCGUCCCUGGAGAAAUAGCAAGGAAGGCCCAGGUACCAUCCGGAGUUGGAGAGGAGACAGAAGAAUCUAACUUUGUGGAGGCCGGAUGAAACCCCGGUCAUAGUACACACCGUGCUUCUCAGAGUCCUUCUGUAAGCAUAAAGACCCGAAGACCCCUGGGAUAUAACAGCAUCCUAUCCGAACUAGUCCAGGCAACGGAUAACUGCCAUCCUCCCUGAGUGCUCAUUGUGUGCCAAGGUUUGUUUUAAAAGAAUUUCACUCAGUCAGGCAUGGUGCUGCACGCCUGCAAUCCCAGCCACUCUGGAGGCUGA